AUGCACACGGGGAGGAAGUAUGGGAGUUCAAAUAUAAUCAUGGAGAGGAAGCAGGGCCAUGGAGAAGAUGACCGUCGAAGAAAAAAGGUUCCUGAUUUGGAAAUUGAUGAUAAAGGAAAGAAUCCUAUGUUGACAGAUAUGCAGACAGAAAAGGUAACAAAAGCUAAAGGGAAAAGGAAACAAGGUGCGCAGGCUGGAAAUUCCAUAAUGCAAGCUAAGGAAAGAGGGUUUGGGUUUAGAAAGGAUAUGAAUAAUUUGAGGCAAACCAAUUUGACUACCAAGAAUAAAGGGAUAUGGGUUCAACAGAAUAAGGGAGGCUAUUUGAAAGAUUCUACUACCAAACGGGGUAGCAGUAACACCGAAAUUAAUGGGGAAGGAUCUUUGGAAGCUGAAAAAGAAAAUAGCCCAGACAAGAAUUGGUGUAACAACUCAUUCGAAAAUGGGGGCCACUCGGGUAAAGAUAAUAAUACGACAGAUAAACUGAAUGUUGGAAAAGAAAUUAUUGACAUAACUGGAGAGGAGGGAGAGAAGGAAGUGGACAAUGAAAUAGUGGAUACGCUUGGAGGGGAAGGAACGAAGCAACUGGAUAACGAAUAUGUUGAGCAUAUAGAGUUUAAGUCACUCGAGAAGCAGGAUGCUAUGACAGAAUUACAGAGACGAGAAGAAAAUAAUAGAGGGGAUGUGGAGUUGGGGCAGAGUCUUUUGAAUCANCACUAA